GCCGGGAAGGCCGAAGGAUACAAGUCAUGCUUCCAUGAGUUGGAUGUUCGGUAUGCAGUAUGUUAAUUAUGAGUAUGAGUUCAGAUUUACUAACCACAAAACACUGUAGCUACUGCUAGUGGCUACACAGAGGUUCCGCAGGUUUGAUCCCGCGCCUCCAAAUUGGCCAUAACGAACAAGGAGUGUAUAUAUACUAUAUACCCAAUAAAUAACCCCCUCGGUCCUACGACUCACUCCCUCCCGCCGAAACCCUUCUAUUGUCUUUCAUGGCAGCUUAUACUCGUCUACCGUCUCUGGUAUUUCCUGGUAAAUAUUCCCCCAACUUCAACUACAAGAAAAGCUGUCGCUUAGUCUGUGUAUCUGCUCAGAAACCAGAGAAAGAAAUCUUCCUCCAAUCAAAGGUUAAUACAUUACUGGACAGCAUUAAAUGGGAUGGCAAAGGCUUGGCAGUGGCGAUUGCCCAAGACAUAGACACAGGAGCUAUCCUGAUGCAAGGUUUUGCAAACAGGGAUGCACUGGCUAAAACAAUUUCAUCUCAGAAGGCUACAUUCUACAGCCGUUCACGGUCAACAUUAUGGACGAAGGGGGAGACAUCCAUGAACUUUAUUAAUGUUCAUGAAAUUUUUCUUGACUGUGAUCGUGAUUCAAUAAUUUAUCUUGGGAAGCCUGAUGGUCCUACAUGUCACACAGGAGCGGAAACAUGCUACUAUACACCAGUUUCUGAUUUCUUACAGCAUCCAAAGGUUGAAGAUAAUAGGUUGGCGUCAACCACUUUAUACUCAUUAGAGUCUACAAUCUCCAUGCGUAAAUUGGACAUAGGAAAAUCGGAAAAUGGAAAGCCAUCAUGGACAAAACGGUUAUUGCUUGACAAUAAGUUGCUCUGCUCCAAAAUACGGGAAGAGGCAGAUGAGUUAUGCCGAACAUUGGAGGAGAAUGAAGAUAAGUUCCGCACAGCCUCUGAGAUGGCAGAUGUACUUUAUCAUGCCAUGGUGCUAUUGGCAGUUAAAGAUGUUAGGAUAGAAGAAGUUCUCCAGCUCCUAAGAGACCGUUUCUCUCAGUCAGGCAUUGAGGAAAAGAAGAGUCGUAAAUCAAACAGCUAAAUCUUUAUUGUUAUCUAUGUUGAGAGAUCCCCAUGCAGUCCAUCUCCAUCAUUAUGCUGCCUAAAAAGUUGCCACAAAAUUCAAAGAGAACAUGCCCAAAACUUUUGCAGCUCCAAACUCUAUGAAAUUGUAAAUGCUGGUUGGUUUUGUAAUUUCAAUAUGACCCUCCACCACCUUUCAGCAAGUUUGAUAUAUUGUUUGACAGGACUUGUCAAUUUUGCAUCGGAGAACAAUUUGUGGGUUGUUUCAUGUUUCAUUACCCACUGCACUAUCUUCAGUUUAUAAUUCUAAAUAGCACAUGUAUUAUUAACAUUUGCCAAUGCAUUUAUGUUGCUUUA